CUCUCUCAGGACUGUCAAUCAGUGCGGUGUCAAUCAGAGCGGCGGCUUCCCUUUCAUCUUCACCCUCAUAGAGAGGGAGGGAGGGAGAGUUGCAUUUACAGACGUACAGAGGCACUGCAGUAUAACCGGAGCUGAGCUCCAGUUCUGAAGUCAGUCUGCAACGAACACUGAUAUAGCAAAACGGAAAUUACUGUGUUCUUACUUUCUUAAUUCGGCAUGUAAGCUUUUAGUACAAAUAAGGAUACAUUUUCAAACAAUACAAACAUACAUUAGGACAUGCUUUACUCUUUCUAAAUACAGAGGGGAAGAAGGAACUCAAGAGUUGUACACACAAAUAAUACAAAUUCAGCAGGUCACAGUUUCUUUCUUUUUUUCACUCGCAGUGAUAUUAAAAGGAACCCGCUGGAUCAGAAAAAAAUAAGGUCAUUUAAUUCUGGAACACCGAAGAGGACAUACGUUUUUGAUUUGUUUUAAAUCAUUUAAUCACAACUACUGGGAAGUUCGGCGUUCUUUUUUCACAACUACCGAUUCAUCACUUUUACUCAUAUGUCACUAACAGGAGUUUUAUUAGCAUUUUAAAAUCCUCAUAACUGAAAAGAGGAGUAAAAGCAGCAAAGUGACAUACUGUUUAAGACUUUCUAGAAAAAAAGCACAUCGCUAUACAGCGAUUUUAUCUACAGCAGUACCGCGGCUUUUAUUUCCAGUCAUUCAAAUAAUUCACAGUUCUUGUGCUGUAAAUAAAACAGAAGCGUCGUGCUUGUGAGGAAUACACGCACAUUUCAGGUUGCUGUAAUCGAUACAAAUGACUGUGUGAUAAAGUUUUUUUUUUUCACACUCUUGCGGUUUCAUUUAGGAAUUGAGAUACCAAUAUAUAUUUAUUUUUUCCCAAAAGGGUGGUUAGAUUUAUUUGAAGUUAGAAAAUGCCACAGUUAGCUGGAGGAGGAGGCGGUGGAGGGGACCCGGAACUCUGUGCAAAUGAUGAAAUGAUCCCCUUCAAAGACGAGGGGGACCCCCAAAAAGAGAAAAUCUUUGCAGAAAUCAGUCACUCUGAGGAAGAGGGAGAUUUGGCUGAUAUUAAAUCAUCUCUGGUAAAUGAGUCAGAGAUAAACCCAAACAACAACCACGAGGCAGCGAGACGAGUACUGCAGGAUUCUUACCAUGAAAAACACAGAGAACACUGUGAUGAUGGAAAGCAUCAUGACAGCUUAUACAACAAAGGACAUUCUUACCCAGGCUAUCCCGGGUACAUCAUGAUGUCAAACAUGAACAAUGACUCAUACAUGCCCAAUGACUCUCUGUCUCCUCCGAUGGCCAGAACGUCAAACAAGGUACCAGUGGUCCAGCCGUCGCAUGCAGUUCACCCGCUUACUCCUCUGAUCACCUACAGCGAUGAGCACUUUGCACCCGGGCCUCACUCGGGACAUCACCCCCAAGAAGUCGACUCCAAACAAGGCAUACACAGACAUCAUCAUCCUGGUCCUGACAUGGCCAAUUUCUAUCCACUGUCACCUGGAGGAGUUGGACAGAUUACCCCACCUCUUGGAUGGCAAGGUCAGCCUAUGUAUCCAAUCUCAAGUGGUUUCAGACAACAGUACCCCUCCACUCUCCCAGGCGACACCCCCAUGUCCAGGUUUUCACAUCACAUGGUGCCAGGUCCCCCAGGACCACAUGCAACUGGGAUUCCACACCCUGCCAUUGUCAACCCUCAAGUCAAGCACGAACACCCACACGACACUGACCUAAUGCACAUGAAACCUCAACAUGAACAGAGAAAAGAGCAAGAGCCCAAAAGACCUCACAUCAAGAAACCUCUAAAUGCUUUUAUGUUGUACAUGAAAGAAAUGAGAGCAAAUGUAGUAGCGGAGUGUACACUGAAAGAAAGUGCAGCCAUCAAUCAGAUCCUGGGGAGGAGGUGGCAUGCGCUAUCUCGGGAAGAGCAAGCUAAAUACUAUGAAUUGGCCCGCAAGGAAAGGCAGCUUCACAUGCAGCUUUACCCAGGCUGGUCUGCAAGAGACAAUUAUGGAAAGAAGAAGAAGAGGAAGAGAGAGAAGAUCCAGGAAACCACAUCAGGUACAGGCCAGAGAAUGAAAACUGCAUACAUCUGAGCAAUGGAGGAAAAUAUGCGUUCUCCACAUGCUAAUCAAAGACAGCAGCUCUGGGUCCCCUUUUAGAGAUGGAAGCCUGCUAGAUUCAACUGCACAGUCACUCCUAAAGGACACCAGUGCUUCCCCCCCGCCCCCCCCCACUCUGCAGUCACUGCUUUAGAGACACUGAACUGUUAAGACAAUCGCCGUCUGAACCAUCCCCUUUCCUCAACCUUCACUGUCGCUGAUCACCACUGUCGCUGAUGAAUGAGCACACCCCAGGUUUCUCCAGUUAUGGACCGUGGGUUCUCCACUGCCUUUUACAAUGUUAAUACUUACCCUUUACUUUGCCACAACUACCCCCCCCCCCCCCACCCCACCCCACCCCUCCACCCCCCACACACACACCCCCACUUGCACACUUGACAUUGCUGUCCUUGUUUGAUAAAGAACACAAACCACGUUGGCUUCCACUUGCAUCACACCCGACACCCCUACACUGCCAUGCAACACAUAAAGGGAUAUGUGUUACUAUUUAAAGAAAAAAAAAAACUGGUGCAAAAGGAUCCAUAUUGAUUUUUAGCUUUUGUUUUUAAAUUUUAAGUUGAAUGCUUUUUAUAUUUUAAUUAUUUUAGUUAAUUCAUGGUGUAUAUUUUAGCGGCUGUUUUUUUUUGUUUGUUUUUGGUUUUAUUUUGUUGUUUAUUAUUAUUUUUUUUUUAUAAAAAGAAAUAAGCUUUGGAGACAGGAAGGCCCAACUUUUUUCUGCUGGUGUCUCGCAGGAAAGGAGAAAGGAUUUUUUGAUAACUAUUUGUAACAAAUAGUGACCUCUCAGUCUUUGCAAAGUGUACAACAGAGCUCAGUAUGUGUACUCCCUUUUUUUUUAAAUUAAAGUUGUCAGGAGAUGUCAGUUGCUGGUAUUUUUGCAGGUGAUUUUAUAAAAAUGUGCUACAUAGCUACGCAAAGACAAAUAUUUCCUUUUUUCUCCACAAAUUGAAAAAAAUACCCCGGCACUUGGCAGUCUUUGUUGCAUUUUUAUUGUAAUGUAUUUGUCUUCUGUUUCUGAUAGUUUAUAGUGUCUUAUACCAUUUCUACUCCAUACAAUCAUUUCUGUAUCAUUUUAUUUUAGUAUUUAAUGAGAUACAAACUUUUUUUGUUUUGAAACAAUCAACUUGAUGCAGCCAUCUGUAUCAAGUUUUAAUAUUAAAUGUGCUGAAUGUAAAUGUUUCUCUUUUUUUAAGAAAAUUCAAUAAAAAGCCACACUGACUGAAAA